UUGUGCGUUUUGUUUAUUACGUUUGGUUUCUUUCGUUCCCGCGCUGCUUUGCUUAAGCUUGAUCUACGUAAUGGGGUCUUCGCUUGACAAACCGUCUGAUUCCCAGCCAGUUUGCCCGUUGUGUCACUGCGAGUGUUGGGAUCUGAUCACACUGGAGUGCGGGCACGGAUUUUGUAGGAAAUGCGUUAAGGAGCUGUGGAGUGGCGCGUCCACGGGCCCUUUCUACUGCCUUGAAUGCGACCAUGAAAUCAGGAAGCUACCAGACUUUGGAGAGACAGACAGAGCAUCAACAUCUGCAGGCACGCGCACAAGCCGGGGUCUUGGAAAGCGGCUCACUGACCACUACUCACCCAAAAAUCUUCUAGGGAAAAGGAAGUUUAGCACAUCCUCCUUCAGGCAAAACAGCGGAGGAUACAGACUAGGGACAGGUUCAUCUGAGAAACAUACAGUGAUCAUCACUGACUCUAAUGAGACACCAGCAAAAAAGAAAGCAACCACAGAAACCUCUUCAAGGGAAAGACAAAUAACAUCUCCUGUGCAGGGCACUUCAACUAAAACUACACCUCAAGUAUCCGUAGCUUCUAAUAGCAAAUCAUGUCCAGAGGAUGGUCAAAGUGACAGGAAGUUCAGCAAGGCAUCUUGUAGUGGAAUACAAGAGCCGCCACCAACAACAGCCAACGCAGUGUCCAAGGAGUCCCCACAAAAAUACGGACGCUCAUCCAACAGCAAUGAGGAACAAACAGGAUGUCAAAAUAAGAAGGCUCCAGAAUCUUCCAGCACCUCGAAUGAAUCCAGUGAAAGGCCUUUAACUGACUGCUCCAUAAUCUGCCACUACUGCUCCGGUAGAGAGCAGAGGUCGGCUGUGAAGACCUGCCUGGUGUGUGGUGCCUCCAUGUGCUCAGAGCACCUUCGUGUUCACCUGGAGUCACCCGUGUUCCGGAACCAUCCACUUGUGCCUGCUGUGGACGACGUGUCACACUGGAGAUGCCAAGAGCACCAGGAGAUGAACCGCAUCUACUGUCGUCCUUGUGGGGUGUGUGUGUGCACUGUUUGCACUGUAAUUGGCUCGCACAAGGAUCAUGCCUGCAUCAGCAUCAAAGAGGCUGAGAAAGAGCUCAGAGCCACUCUAAAAAGUGAAAUGAAAAAGAUACAGACAAAAGAAGCAGCCAUCUUAAACCAAGUACAGAAGCUCACAGAGAAGAAAUGCAGUGUUCAGAAGUCACUAGUGGGUGUUUGCGCUGCAGUAGCACAGCAGUAUCAGGCCAUGCGUGAAGCUCUGAUAAUCGAGGAACAGCAGGCUCUGCACUGUGUGUCCCAGGAAGAGGACAGAGUGCUGAAGAGCAUCCAGGCUCAACUUGACAUGCUCAGUCCAGCCCUUGCAUCUAUUCAGCACACUUUCCAUCCACUGUCUAAUUUAGCAGACGCACAAGGAGCUACAAGGGUUCAGGACCAAGCCUUCAUCAUGGAAUACAAAAAAAUAACUGAGUCUCUGAAUGGCUUGAGUGACCCUGUGGAGCAUCUGGAGUCAGUUGAGGAAGUGAACCAGGGCAGACUGGACUGCCUGCAGGACUGGACAGAGAGGAGACUGGACAUUGUAGUCAUUUCCAUGCCUCACAGAGACCCGUUUAGGCUGCUGUAUGGUUUCAGUCCAACUCUGGACCGUAACACGGCUCACCCAAAGCUGCUGCUGUCUGCUGAGGACAGGUGUGUGGAGUACAGUGAGGCUCAGCAGGACUACCCUGACUUAGAGACUCGCUUCAACAUCUUUCCUCAGGUGCUGGGUACAAAUGCACUAACCCAGGGUCGCCACUAUUGGGAGGUGGAGGUAUCUGCAGAUGAGGGCCGUUGGAAGGUGGGUGUUUCUGAUGAGCACAUAGGCAGGAAGGGGCAAAAGGAUGCCUCCCGUCUUGGCUUCUACCCAAACUCCUGGUGCCUGGUUUAUGAGAAAGGCAAGGUGGAAGCACUGCAUGAUAAAGCAACCUCGCCUGUAUGUGCCACUGGACUGCAGAAGGUCGGGGUACUUUUAGAUUUUGAAGAAGGUAGCUUGUCGUUUUUCAGUGUGGGUGAAGCUGGUGCUCUUACUUUACUCUACAGCUUCCAGCACGAGUUCUCUGAGCCGCUCUUCCCUGCUCUGGCUGUGUCCAAAACAAACCUCACUAUCUGUAACCUGUAUGCUCGAUCCGCUACAGACUGAAAUAUUGACUGUGUCAAUAGGUGAAAUUUUAAUAUGAUAAAACAAGCAUUUUAUCUAAACAUUAAAAAUGAUCCACUAAAAAUUUAUGAGCAAUAACUGGGUUUUCCAAUCCAUAAAACUGUCAUUUUUACAAUUUACAUUUUUUUAAGAUCAGUGAAUGUUGUAAAAAUUUGAAUCAACUAUAAAACUGGAGAAAGUAAAUAAAAAUUAAAGAUGUUUUUUUUCCUGCAUUUCUAUUAAACUCUUUGUUAGCUCAGCGAUUUUUGUAUUUUACUAUAAAAUAUUUCAUGUUCUCUAUAUAAAUUUACAUUUCCUAUGUUUUUCAUCUGGAUUGUUUUGUAAAAUGUGUGUACUCCGUAGGAUCGCACUUUCAGACAGGUGGAUAAGAGCUUUAUUAGGGAUACUUAUGCUGUUCGUAUAUAUGUGGAAAAUUUUUGUACUUAACUGUUUUUUUUUAAUAUUUCCUUAUCAAUACCACUACCACUAAAUAUUAACUUUGCUACUUAUAUAGAUUUUCAUACUCAUAUCAUACUAAAUAUUGCCUUAUAAAUGUUCUAAACAUUUUGACAAUAGAAAUGCCAUUCUAUUCAUUAUUUUAAAUGCUAUUAAAAAAUAUACACCACUUUAACACCAUAAACAGAUAGAUUUUACAUGUUUCCAGCUGUGUAACCACAGCUGUCUAGCAUAAUUCUGAGGUGAUAAAUCUAACCCUACCCAUUUACAUAAAAAAGAUAGCUUUCUCAAUUUAGAAAGUUAAGCACAUUAAUCCAAAGCAUUUAUGAUGCAAACCAUUACAUUGGUGGUGGUAGCUCUAGCAGUUAAGGCUCUGGGUUGUUUUUCAGGGUUCAAGCCCCAGCACUGCCAAGCUGCCAAUGUUUAGCUCUUGAGCAAGGCCCUUAACCCUCUGCUCCAGGUGUGCUGUAUCAAAGAAAAGAAUUUCACUUUGCUGUAAUGUAUAUGUGACAAAAUAAAGGCUUCUAUUUCUAUGUGGCAAUAAAACACUCAGCCUCCUUCA